AUGCGUCUUGUACCAACCGUUGCCGUUGCCCUAGGCUGCUGCGCCAGCAUUCCAACGGCGUAUGCAUGGGGGUUCGCUGGACACGAAAUAGUAGCUACAAUCGCGCAGAUAUACCUCCACCCAACCGUCCUACCAACCCUAUGCACCAUCAUCGACUUUUCCUCCACCAAUUUUUCCCCUCCGGACUCGACAUGCCACAUAGCGCCCAUAGCAACCUGGGCAGACCGAUACAAGUCCAACAUGACCUGGUCCGCCCAGCUGCACUUCAUCGGCGCUCUAGACGACCACCCCCCUUCUUCCUGUGCGUUCCCAGGAAAGAACGGAUGGGCUGGGACCAAGCGCGUCAACGUCCUUGAUGGGAUGAAGAACGUCACGGCGUUAUUGCAGGGAUGGGUAAAAGGCGAGACAAGCGACGACGCGGCGAAUGAGGCGCUCAAGUUCCUGAUCCACUUUUUCGGAGACGCGCAUCAGCCGAUGCAUAUGACUGGCCGAGAACGUGGUGGGAACCAGGUUAAAGUCGCGUUCGGGGGAAAAGAAACCAACCUCCAUGGAGUAUGGGACGACUCCCUCAUCACCAAAGCCAUAUCCACAAUCCCGCAAAACUACACCCUCCCACUACCCUACCCAGAAAUCGAACAAGCCCUCCGCGGCUCUUCCUACGACCCUUACAUCCGGCGUAUCAUCUGGGAAGGCAUCGUCCAAAGAUGGGCUGACGAAAUUCCAGGCUGGCUAUCCUGCCCAGACGUGGUCAAGCGGACUUCCGUUGACUCUCAGGUUGCAUUGGGUUUGGGGGGAACAACCGGCAUUGAGAUUUUACCGGACAACGACGUGCUGUGUCCUUACCACUGGUCCAGACCCACCCACGACCUCCUCUGCGACGGCGUUUGGCCAAAAGAGGACGACAACCCACAGCUACCGUUACUAGAACUUGACACUCCAGCCUAUUCCGGCAUGAUUGGGCAACGCUGGCUCGUCGAGAAACAGCUGGCGCUUGGCGGGCUGCGCUUGGCUGGUAUACUCAACUAUAUCUUUGUCAACCAGGGUCAAAGGGGCGCCUUCUUCGAGGAGUUUUGA